AUGACAGCGGGAACAGUUGUGAUCACUGGCGGAAUCCUAGCUACAGUGAUCCUCCUCUGUAUCAUUGCUGUCCUGUGCUACUGUAGACUCCAGUAUUACUGCUGCAAGAAGAACACAGAUGACGAGGAUGCUGAGGAGGAGGAGGAAGAGGAGGAGCACAACCUUUCCAUCCAUAUCCGAGCCCCCACCUGCAAUGCCUGCAGUUCCCAAGUCCUGGACGGCAGAGGCAGCCUGGCACCUCUCAACAGUGAGCCCUGCAGCCAGCCGUGUGGGGUGGCCAGCCACUGUACCACUUGCUCCCCAUACAGCACCCCCUUUUACAUACGGACAACUGACAUGGUGCCGAAUGGGGGUGGAGGCGAGAGGCUCUCUUUUGCUCCUACACAUUACAAAGAGGGGGGAACCCCAUCCCUCAAAUUGGCAGCACCCCAGAGUUACCCGGUGACCUGGCCAAGUUCUGGGCAUGAGGCCUUCACUAAUCCAAGGGCUAUUAGUACAGAUGUAUAAUCCUUUCACCCCAAUCUGCACACACCCAACACUGUCCCAGCAGGAGCAAUGGAGUGGAGGGGACCCUCCAAUAGUCCCACAGGAACCGUCUCAGUUUCUCUGGCUUCCAUAGCAGAGGGGUCACUAGGAUGUGAGCUAUUAAAUGCAUUGAGGACCAGGGCAGGACCUAUGGCCCAGAAGUGGCGACCUGAUAAAUCUGCAGUGUCACUAGUUUUUCUCCGGAGAUUUCCCUCUAACAGUUGAGCUCUACCACAACCCCUUACAGUCAGUCCAAACCCUGUGUUUUGCUGGGCUGUGCAAAGGAGCACCAGAGAAGGCUAAGCAAAGGCUCUGGAAGCUUCCAGAGACCUUGGGAAAUGAAGUGGGCUUGCCUAUAAGAGAUGGGCACAAAGGGAAAGGUGAGGACUAGAUAUUCCAGAAUUUGAGAGGAGAAAGAAAAAACAUGUUAAAGGAACCCCCUCAGCUUUGCUUGUUGGAAUGCACCCAUGGGCUAAUGGACACUCUACUUUUUUUCCUAACUUUGUUUGCCCACUCUGACAGAUACAUGAGUUCUGGAAACACUACAUCUGCUAUCUUACCCUUCUCCAUGAAACACAUGGGGAACAUAGCAAGAAGAGUCUAUACAACCUUGCCUCACCUUCAUGUCCUUCUUAUGCCCCCUGCUAGAGAACCUUCCCUAGAUUUUAAUCACUGCAGUUCUAGAAGCCUAGUGAGCAUAUCUCACUGAUGACCUCUGUUCCUCAUGCUUAGUCACUGAUGUAGGUUCAGCCCUGUGAGGGUGUGUGCAUGCCCAUUCCUGGGGCAGGGGGUACCCUCUCAUGUACUCAUCACCAGCAGCAACAUUGUGGCUUUGUCUCCUUGAAGAGCUGCAGGGCAGAAGGGUCCAGGGUCCCAACAAGAAAGAAAAUUCUGGCCCUCCAGCAGCUGGACCAAAAGGCAAUUAAAGUGGCCAGUCUCCAUGGCAACCAGAAGGAGGGACCUGAGGCAAUGCUGCAUCAGCAUGCACCUGCACAAGCUCCUCUAGAGGCUGGUGCACCCCUUGAGCAUCCAUCUGUAAGGUGACUGGGAACAGGAUUUUAUCCCAUCAAGGGAUGUAGCCUUCUUUUCCCUGAGUUCUGGAGCAGGGCAGUGGGGGGUCCUUCUGAAGGUUGGCUGUGUCUUAGUAAUUAGACCUCAUGCUUGUGUGCCCUCCUUCGGCCUCCUAACUCUCCAGUCUCAUGAUGAUGAGCUGUUUUUCUGUCUUCCUCUAGUCUCAAGUACCCACACUUCCCACUUAUCUGUCACCUAGCAAUGGCCUUAUGGGUUUUUGUUGUUGUUUGUUUAGUUUUGCUUAGAUAAUUUUGUUUUGUUUUGUUAAGUUCUCCAGUUACCUCUGUGGCUCAAGGGUCACUGUCCCCACUCUAAGGGUAUAGUUAAUGCCUGCACAUUCCUGACUCACAGAACGCUGGGAGGGUGGGCCAGGAGAAGGGCUGGUCUUUCUCUUGAACUCUUGGUUGGUUGGUUAGUUGGUUGACUUGACAAAGAGUAGGCUACACCUGACAUCUCCAACUGUAAAUAAUUAACACUUGGUUAAAAAGCAGAAAAUGAUGUCUGGCCAUAUUUUGUUCAUUCCUUAGCCUUGGUUGGGACCAGUCAGGUAUUUUUCACUGAGACUUCCAUUUUUCUCCAGGGGAAAAAAAUGCCUAGACGGACUUGCCUAGAUGGAUUCUAAAUGUCCUUUAAUGCAAUGCUCCACAUAUCCAAGACAUCUUAGACCUGCUAGUCACCUCUUUCCUCUUGCCCUCAUCCUGGCCAGGGCUGGACAUACUCUCCAGCUGUCUGAUCCUGGGUACAGGGGUAUUUGUUUUGGGCUGGAAACCACAAAAGAGAUGGGAGAAAGUCCACCGGGUUAGAAGGGAACGUUAUUUCAAUUGCUGGUGAAAGGCGAACAAGUCAGGCCUAGGGCUACAAGAACUCAGUUGGUUGCGUUCUUGACCAGUCUGCACAAAGCCCAGGUUCCCAUCUCCAACACCAUAGAAACCCAGCAUGGUAUGGCACACCUCUAAGUCCAUCACUCAGGAGAUAGAAGAAGGAAGAUGGUAGUUGUUCAAAGUCAUCCUUGGCUACAUAGCAAGUUCAAGGUCAACCUGUGCUCCCUGGGACCCUGUCUCAAAAACAACAAAAUAUUUGUCCAACCCCCUACCAAGCAACCUCAAUUGGCAAGCACUGCUACAGGAAGACACAGCAGGAGGGUUGAUGAAAAUUGUCCCCUGGUGCAAAGGGACGGCUCCAAAGCUCCAGUGCGAUCAAUCCUAACAUCUCCCUGGGCCAUGUGCAACCCCUUGACUUGUUGCCAGGCCUAGAAGCUCUCCCCACUUCCUCACCACCAGCCCAGUGCCUUGUUCUCCUGUGGUUCCACAGCUAUAAGUUCCUUCACCCCAAAUCACAAUGCCAUCAUCAUACCAAUGCCUGUGGGUAAAGCAGGACAAUCCAGCCAACUGUAACCCACUUUUGUACUCAGGGUCUCUGGGUACAAAGCACCCUUUGCCUUUGUGUGUCCUGUAGCUUUCUCAGCUUAACCCAUGAGUCAAAAGGGGAGGAGAAACACACCCCUUCCCUUCAGGCCACAUCAUUCAAGGCACAGGCUCCACUGUAGGCUGUGGGUCACCUGCCCACCUGUCUUUUCACUGUUGCAUCAUGGGCUCCAUCCUGGGGAAGAGAAAGCUCACCCAACUUAGCUGUGCUGUCCUUUUAGCUGUGGAGUCUAUCCCAUGAGACAUAAUUUGUAUGCUCUUCAAACGGAACCCUAAACAGGAAGAGGAGGAGGAGGGGGCCAGGGAAUAGCCAGUCCUCUCCA